CCGCCGCCGAUCAAUGGAUUCUCCGUUCCCCUUCUCCAUGGGCGACAUGAAGGAUUCCCUGCGUUCUCACAAUCCGGGAAGACUGCUGGAGCGAGGAGGCCUCCGCGAUGCUCGUUGAGCCCUGGGGUAACCGCUCUGCUAGAAGGUCUUGCAAGAACCGGAUCGACACCAUCAAGAAGAAGUACAAGGUCCAGAAGAUUAGGGUUGUGGCAUCUGGCGCGCUCGUCUCGUCCUGACGAUUCUUCGAUCGAUUGGACUUCCUGAUCGGAUCUAAUUUCCCUGACGCCGCGGGGAAGAAGGAGAAGUAGCAGUCGUCCCGGUCUCUCUCCCCUUCCCUGCCGCAGAGGACAUCUAUUUGAGGAGGACAUUCAUGGUUGAUGCUGCCCCUGCUGUGUCGGAGAGUGACGAGGAAGAAGAUGAGCCCCACACCAGCAGCAGCGGCAAGACAGGGAGAACAGCGACAACGACAAGGACGAGGAGAUGCGGAGGUUGGCCAAGCCGAUUGAGAAGUUCAGGGAGGUCUCAUGUGCCUUUGUUAAGAGAAGUAGCUGCAAUGGAAGGCUAACCGCUCUCGCCCGGAGCAUGAUUCACCGCCAUUUCUUCCCUUUCAAUUAGAAACUCAGAUUCAAUUACGGACCAACCGAAGGUGGAGAAGAUUGUGCGAUAGUUUGGAGAGGUGAUUGAAGUUGAGGAAUGGUGGUUGUGCAAGAGGACGGAUGGGAAGAAAUGUUUGUAGAGAGUUGAAAGGUGGGAGGAGUUGCGCGGCUAGGAGAAGGAUGAAAUUGGGUCGGUUUAUGGGUGGGUUGGGUUGAAUUUGAUGACGUGGCGGGUUUGAUGAUGUGGAGGGUUGGGUUUGGUACGUGGAGGGUCAAAAUAGUACACGUCAGCAUUUCUGUUAGUCACGUCAGCAAAUGACUGACGGUGUUAACGGAGACUGACGAAAACUAACAUAGAUUGACCAAACAUGGACCGUUUUAGUAAUUUGAGUGACCGAUAUUGGAAUUAAAUAUUUUUAAUGACUAAACAUUAUACUUUUUAGUAAAUUAAGUGACCAAACAUGGAAUUUUUACCCUUCCCUUUAAUAACCAAACAAACAAAUUCCCGGUGGUGAGCCUCUGCUCUGCUGUGGGCUCCAAGCGAUCAUUUCCUUGGAGAUUCUCUGUUACUGCUUGGAAAAUGUACAGACCCCAUUUUUCCACACAACCAAACAACCUCCCCUGUUUUUGCAUGCAUAUAAAUGCCCAGAAACACCAAUCCCCAGGAAAAUCAAAGCUUCAAUCAAAGCUUCCUUUCCCUCCCUCUGAUACAAAAAAUUCACCUUGAUUAGCUCGAUUCUCAUCCGUAUCUCAAUCAUGAAGCAGCAAAAGUUAGUGAUCAAGGUCUCAAUGAACAAAGACAAGUCACGAUCCAAGGCGAUGAAGAUCGUCGUGGGUGCCAACGGAGUCGACUCGGCGUCCUUGGACGGGCCGGAGAAGACCCAAAUCGUGGUCACCGGCGACGGAAUCGACUCGGCGGCGCUCGUCACUCUGCUCCGGAACAAAGUGGGACACGCUGAACUCGUCAGCCUCGGCCCUGUGGAAGAGAAGAAGGAGGAGGACAAGAAGCCGGAGGAUCAAGAUUCCAAACCGCCGCCGCUGCCGGCCGCCAUUUGGUCGUACGGGUACGCCGGUGGCCCGCCUCACUACGUCUACCAGAUGAACCCCGCCGCCGGCGGGCACUAUUACAAUAAUGACCCUUACUCUUGCGCCAUCAUGUAAAAAACAGAGUCUUUCCUAAUGCAAGUGGGGAAAAACAACAGAGUGUUCUAAAGAAUGUACGAAUUUCAAUCUCUGAAAUUUAGUGCAUGUAGUGGCGAGAGAAGAAUACAGGGGUUGCCGUCGGCUUGACCGGACGGCGGUCGGAGAUUUUGAUACAUGUAGUAGUUGGAGAUUUUGAGGGAUGUAAAUCAGAUGAAUAAGUAAAAGAAUCUUUGAGUAAGAUCAUUUCAACAUCUUCUGAAUUUUUG